AUGUCUGAACUAGAUGAAAACUGUCGUCGUCUUCAUCGAAAUUCCAUUAAAAGCACAUUACAUUAUGGUGUACUUUCUAGUUUUAUUUCUAUUGAUCCAAAUGAUGGUAUAUUCUAUUCGAUGGGUAAAGCUACAUCAGAAUUUUAUCGUGCACAUCGUACAUCGAUUUCAAUGUUAGCAGCCUAUUCUCAAUCACUUUUAUACGUGUAUAAAAAUCAUUUAAUAAUUUCAAGUAGUGUUUCUGUUUAG